AUAAUCAAGUUUCAAUCUAUCCCUUUUUUUUCCCUUUCCUCGUUUUCUUUUCCUUUCCAUCUUUCUAUUCUGUGAGUUCUUCAUUUUCUUAUUUCAAUCCACCAUGGUCGUCCUCGAGUCCAACAAUCGCCACGCUGAGCACACCCGCAAAAGCUUGCAAUACCUAAAAGAUCUUUCGGCGUCCUUGGAAGGCUGGGAAUUUUCCAGUGAAAAAAAUGGCGUCAAACUAUACACCAAACAAGUCGAAGGUCUCGCCAUGCCAAUGGUGCGAGGUGAUACCGUUUUACAAACGACUGAAUUCACGCCACGCGAUGUCGCUUCCGUGGCCACACUUCCUGGUGCACGAAAAAUUUGGGAUGAGAAGUAUGACACAUCGGAAGUCAAGGAACAGUAUACACCCUCAGAAACCUUUUUCUGGGUUAAAUUGAAGGCACCAUGGCCCGUCAGUCCUCGCGAUUUUGCAGGUACGGCCAUCCGUGAUCUGAGUGACGAUGUUUGCUUCGUCGUCAUGUCGUCCGUGGUGGAUCCAAUGAUUCCUGAAGUGUCCGGCUGUGUCCGUGGUCACAUUGUUGUUUCUGGAUGGAAGUUUUACAAGACCGAAGGUGGAAUCGGUUUAACUUACAUCACCCAAGUGGAUUUAGCUGGUUCUAUCCCUACGUCGUUCCUCAAGAAUAUCCAAUUGCAAGUUCCGCUGUGUGCUGGCAAGGUGGCGGAGUAUAUCAAAGAAUAUGGUUUCCCGCCUCACACCAUCAGCUGCACUGCCACGAUGAAGAAAGAGACUUUUGAUCACGGCAAGCGUGAACAUAUCAUCGAAUUGGACGGUACCGGGGGCGGUGAAUGGGUCAUUUCCCGUAAAAUGUAUCCCAAUGGUGUCAAGGUCCAUAUCGAUGGACAAGGGGAAUCCCAAGUCAUCGAUAACAAAUUGGUCGUCAAAGGCAUCCAAGGUCCCGCCACCAUUAAAAUCAACAAAGCUUAAACUCUAAAUUUGAAAAAUCAUAUUGGGCCCUCAGAGUGUAUAAAAUACAUGAGAGCAGACCCUAUUUUUCACACUCCAAAGGAGUCCAUCCUUUUUAUGUAUCAUCUAGGACCAUUUAGAUUCGAUUUCACUUGUCGCGCUUUUACAAUAAAAAAAAUGUGUCACCCGCAGUACGUAAAAGCCCAUGAGGUCAUUGGGAACCGUCCUUGAUGAGAAAAAGUGGACUCCGAUAAGAACCUGUGCAACGGCAUGCUGGCGAAACGCUAAUGGUCUCUUUCAC